AUGUUGACCUUUAGCUCUCGGGCCCAGGCGCAGCACGCUUUUGAGGACCUCGCGGCGCGGCGACUGUCGGCGCUGCCUGCGGAUCCGCCGGAGCGCUUUGAGGAGUCUGCCGCUGCUGUCCCUCCCGACUUCGGAGAGCCUGAGGAGGCGGAGGAGGAGGCGACGGAGGUAAAGGAGAACGUGUCACCGCUCGGCGCCGUUGCGGCGGCCAGCGGGGAGCUCACGGCGGAGCUGCGUCCGCGAGUGUUGCGCUUGCUGAGCGAGGACACCGAGGCUGCCAGCGCCGACGUCGCCGACGUCGAAGAGUCCUCCCUUUCCGGAGCCCCCGGCGGAGCUGCGUCCGGAGAGGGGCUGCCGUUCGACGGCGAAGCGGGUCGCCCUACCGAGGGCGCAGAGGCGGGAGACGACCUGGCGGAGGAGGUUCAGGCGGCGGUCGCACUUGCCCACCCCCAUUUGCAGCUUGCGCCCUCACGAGUCUGGGCUGAGGUCGACCAUCAGCCCGCGCCGCAGCUUGCGCCCUCGGAGGACUUUGAGGUCUUCCGCGACGGGCCGGCCUUGCACAAGACUAGCGAGCAGCUCGUGCUGGCGCUGCAGGAGCGGCUCGAUCGCGCGGUGUCCGAGAUUGACGCGUUGCGCGCGGCUCUGUUUGAGGAGCGCUCGUUGAGGCAGGCGCUGGAAAGGCGCCACCUUCUCCCUUCCGACUAG